AUGGCAGCCGGCAACGAGAGCUUCGCCGCCAGCCUUCAGCGUCAAAGCUGGAUACACUACUCCAUAGGGAUGACCUUCAUCCUGCUGAGAAUGUAUGGAAGAGCAAAAAGGUUAGGAGGAGUCUCCCACUUCCAGGUCGAUGACUAUCUCCAGAUCCUCGCCGCGAUCCUCUUCACCAUCCUCGUAGCUCUCCUCAACGUCAUCACCGAAGGCGGCGGCUCCAAUCUCUACCCCCCCGAACUAGCAGGAACAUUUACCCCGGACGAGAUCCAAGACCGCAUAACCGGCUCCAAGAUCGUCCUCGUGUCAGAGCAGGCGAUGCUCAACCUCAUCUACGUCCUCAAGGCCUGCGUGCUGAUCCUCUACACCCGCCUCACCCUCAACCUCGCCGCCCAGCGCCUCGUCCGCUGGCUGGCAAUGUACGUCGCCGUCGGCUGGACCGCGACGCAAAUCACAAUGUUCACCGCCUGCCGGCCCUUUAGCGGCUACUGGGCCAUGCCCCCGCCAGACCCCCAAUGCACGACGUACCAGCACUACGCCAUCCUCCAGGGCUGGUUCAACAUCUCCUCCGACACGCUCAUGCUCAUGAUCCCGCUGCCCCUCGUCUUCCGCAUGAAGGUGCCCCGGAAGCAAAAGGUCGUCCUCCUCUUCGUCUUCAGCCUCGGCGUCUGCGUCAUCGUCGCAGCGCUCUUGACAAAGAUCUUCAACCUCAGCGACCCCUAUAGCCCCAACUACAUGCUGUGGUACAUCCGCGAGGCGAGCGUCGCCGUGUACGUCUCGAACCUGCCGCUCCUCUGGCCGCUGCUGAGGGAGUGGUUCCCCUGGCUGCGCAACCUCAAGACGGCGGGCAUGCUGCCGACGCCCUACAGACAGACGACGAACCCGCGGACCAAGCAGGACGCGAACCUGUCGUCGGGCGUCACCGUCCAAAGUGGGCACCGGGCGGCGCCGGCGGGGGUACCGGUCUCGAGUCGGCAUUCCUUUGAUGAAUUUGGAACGUGGCUCGGCGCGAACGACCUCGAGUUACAGAAGCCGCCGCGCGCGUUGAGGUCGACGGCGAGCAGGCGGUACAUCUUGGAGCACGAGGACGACGAGCCCGAGAGCUCGGCGGUCCGGGAGGAGAAGAACGAAAAGAGGAUGUCGUCGAUUGCGGAGUAUAGCGUAGGGGACGGGGGAAGCAGCAUGGGAUCAAGUCCCGCGCCCCAACUGUCGCCUUUGGAUGUUGAUCAAGGCCGGUUUGACUGGGAGUACCAGCGCCGGAGCCGUAUCAGGUCCGGGGCGACAGGCUUUACCGUAGGGCAUUAUCAGCUGGCGUGGGAAGAUCGAGACCGGAGUCAUGAUAAGGCGGAUGGGACAAGUGCGAGCUCGACGUAG